AUGGGCACCGACGCUCCCCCCGCCAUCAGCACGUCGCACCACCUCGCGUCCAUCCUCGCGGGGCGCGACACGCGCUUCUUCAGCGGGAACCAGUUCAAGCUUACGCUGAUCAUCUGCCUUGUGCUCAUCACGUCCAUGACGAACGGGUACGAUGGCUCGGUGGGUCUAACGCCGAUGGGCACAGUUAACGCGCAGAUGAUGAACGGCCUUCAGGCGCUCAGCACGUGGAGGAACUACUUCGGCCACCCGGAGGAAAAGGCCACGCUGUUUGGGAUCUUCAACGCGAUCCAGAACAUGGGAUCGCUGUGCGGCCUCCCGUUCGCGCCGUACGUCUCCGACCGGUGGGGUCGGCGCAUGGGCAUCUUUGUCGGAUGCUGCAUCAUGCUUGUCGCGACUGCCAUCCAGACGAGCGCGCAGAACGUGGCCAUGUUCAUCGCUGCGCGCGGCAUGAUUGGCUUUGGGCUUUCGUUUGCGACUAUCGCCAGUCCGAUCCUCAUCACGGAACUCGCGUUUCCUACGCACCGCGCGCCGUUCACCGCGCUGUACAACACGCAAUGGUACCUCGGCUCGAUCGUCGCCGCGUGGACGACGUACGGCACCUUCCGCAUGGCGAACAACUGGGGCUGGCGCAUCCCGUCCCUGCUGCAGGGCCUGCCGUCCAUCAUCCAGUUCUUCCUCAUCUGGACGAUCCCCGAGUCGCCGCGCUGGCUCAUCGCCCACGGGCGCAAGGACGAAGCAGUGGCCUUCAUCACGACGUACCACUGUAACGGGGACCCCGCGGACCCGCUCAUCGCGUUCGAGGUGGACGAGAUCGAGGAGACGAUCCGGCAGGAGCAGUCGGCGAAAUCAGCCUCGUCCUUCCGCAGCCUGUUCGCGACGCGCCCCAACCGCCGGCGCAUGCGCCUCAUCAUCGCGCUCGCCGUCUUCUCCCAGUGGUCUGGCAACGGGCUCGUCAGCUUCUACCUCACGCUUAUCCUCAACGGGAUCGGGAUCAAGGAGGCAAAGUACCAGACGCUGAUCAACGGCAUCCUGCAGAUCUACAAUUUCGCCACGGCCAUCACGGGCGCGCUGCUCAUCGACCGCGCGGGCCGCCGCCGCCUCUUCCUCAUCUGCACGUCGGGCAUGUGCGUCGCCUUCACUUGCUGGACGAUCGCGUCGGCAGUGUACGCCAACUCGUCGCACACGUGGGACCCGGCUUGUUUGGCGAAGAACGGCGGCAAGACGAGCAAGUGCGUCGCGCUGGAUGCGAACAAGCAUGCCGGUCAUGCGGUGAUUGCGUUCAUUUUCAUCAUGUAUGGGUUCUACAACCUGGCGUUGUCCCCUCUCCCCAACGCGUACACUGUCGAAAUCGUCCCCUACGUCAUCCGCACAAAGUCCCUCAUGGUCAAGAACCUGACCGUGUCCGCGUCGGCCACGUUCAACCAGUACGUCAACCCGAUCGCGCUCGCGGCCAUCCAGUGGCGCUACUACAUCGUCUUCUGCGUCUUCCUCGCCUUUGAGUUUGUGUUCAUCUAUUUCUUCCUCAUCGAGACGCGCGGGCAGCACGGCCCGCUGCCGCUCGAGGAGAUUGCCGAGCUGUUUGAAGGGCCGUUCCGGUUCGGGUUCCAGAAGAACCCCACGCGCGAGGUUGACGCCGAGGGGAGCGUCGAUGGGGAUGGCAAGGAUGGGGCGGUGGUCGACGUGAGUACGGUCAAGGAGCUGGCGAGUGAGAAGGGAGUCAACAGAUAG